GCCUUAGAUGCUGCUCCGGCUCCGCGGGCACCGGCGACCAUGCCUUGAUGCCCCACAGCUCCUCGACCCAGCGGCUUCCAUGGCGGUGGCAAGGAAAAUCAAAACUUUGUUGACUGUCAACAUCUUGGUCUUCGUGGGGAUCAUCCUCUUCUCGGUUUACUGCCGGAUCCAGGACCGGUCCCAGGAGCUGGUGCAGAUCGUCCGGAGCGCCGACCGACGGAUGAGGAGCCGCAACGCCAAAGUGGGCACCCUCCUGGAUCGGGACUCUAUCCUGCAGCGGCUGGACCACCUGGAGGAAGUGGUGUACAACCAGCUCAAUGGUCUAGCCAAACCAAUGGGAUUAGUUGAAGGCCCUGGGGGCCUGGGACAAGGAGGAAUGGCUGCCACCCUGAGAGAUGACAGCCACGAAUCGGAAACCAAGUAUGAAGAGUAUGGUUAUAAUGCCCAGCUGAGUGAUAGGAUUUCGCUGGACAGGUCUAUUCCGGACUACCGGCCAAAAAAGUGCAAGCAGAUGUCUUACCCCGAGGACCUGCCCCAGAUCUCGGUGGUCUUUAUUUUUGUCAACGAGGCCCUGUCUGUCAUCUUGCGCUCGGUGCACAGUGUCGUGAAUCACACUCCGUCCCACUUGCUGAAGGAGAUUAUUCUGGUGGAUGACAACAGUGACAACGUUGAGUUGAAGUUCAAUUUGGACCAGUAUGUGCACAAGAGAUAUCCGGGACUGGUGAAGAUAGUGCGCAACAACAAACGAGAGGGCCUGAUCCGAGCUAGAAUCCAAGGCUGGAAAGCGGCAACUUCUCCGGUGGUUGGGUUUUUUGAUGCUCACGUUGAGUUCAACAUUGGCUGGGUGGAGCCGGCUCUUACGCGAAUCAAAGAGGACAGGAAACGGAUCAUUCUCCCAGCUAUUGACAACAUCAAGUAUAAUACUUUCGAAGUGCAGCAAUAUGCCAAUGCAGCUCAUGGCUACAACUGGGGACUCUGGUGCAUGUACAUAAUCCCACCGCAGGACUGGCUGGACAAGGGAGACGAAUCUGCACCCAUCAGGACACCAGCCAUGAUCGGCUGCUCGUUUGUGGUGGACAGAGAAUACUUUGGUGAGAUCGGGUUGCUUGACCCAGGCAUGGAGGUGUACGGAGGAGAAAACAUUGAACUCGGCAUGAGGGUAUGGCAGUGCGGAGGAAGCAUGGAGGUGCUGCCAUGCUCUCGGGUGGCGCACAUCGAGCGCACCAAGAAACCGUAUAACAAUGACAUUGAUUACUAUGCAAAGCGCAAUGCCUUGCGUGCCGCGGAAGUCUGGAUGGACGACUUCAAGUCCCACGUUUACAUGGCAUGGAACAUACCGAUGACGAACCCUGGAGUCGACUUUGGAGACGUCUCAGAAAGAAUAGCUCUACGGCAACGGCUUCAGUGCCGGAGUUUUAAGUGGUACUUGGAGAACGUCUACCCUGAAAUGAGGAUUUACAACAAUACCAUCACUUACGGAGAGGUACGCAACAGCAAAGCGAGUGGCUACUGCUUGGACCAAGGAGCAGAGGAGGAUGACAAGGCAAUUCUUUAUCCAUGUCACGGAAUGUCCUCCCAGCUUGUUCGUUACAGCACUGAAGGCCUCCUGCAAUUAGGCCCUCUGGGAUCGACAGCAUUUCUGCCCGACUCAAAAUGUCUCGUAGAUGACGGGAAAGGAAGAACGCCCACACUGAAGAAAUGCGAAGACACUCUGAGGCCUGCGCAGAGGCUGUGGGAUUUCACACAGAAUGGACCAAUCAUUAGCCGAGACACAGGACGGUGUCUAGAGGUAGAAAUGUCUAAAGAUGCUAAUUUUGGGCUGCGGCUAGUGGUACAAAGAUGCUCGGGACAGAAAUGGAUGAUCAGAAACUGGAUAAAACAUGGCCGACAUUGACUUCUGUCUGGGAAGAAGAUGCCAUUUCUUCUGGAGUCCUUUGGCAAAGUAGGCAGGCGCCUUGCUGAGAGACUUGGGUUCGAGAGGACUGCUGCAUUGUCAAGACAACUAAUGCAAGGAGAAGCCGACGAUCAGGGUUGUGAAUUAUUGGACAUAAUUGUUUCUUUAAAGAAAUAGCAGGAGACUGGCACCCCAUCUAAGACUAUUGAAGGACAAAACUAUAUCUGGGUGAUACCACUUCAGACUGCAGGCGGGGGGGAUUUCCAUGAUUGAGCAGCAAUCCAUUCAAAAAUUCCCUGCACGUAGCAAGCUAGCUUGUCAGGGAAAAGGCCUCAGCUAGAACCCUGUCUUCUAACCUCUGAAGCAGAUUGUUUUGUAUGGAGAAGCAUACAACGAUCAGAGCCUUCCCUCCAAAACCUGAAAGGGCACAAACCCACAGGCAGGUUUUUGCGCUAGAGAACUCGGCCUCGCUUCUCACAUCAUCAAGGUGCCCCAGGAAGACUCACGCAAGUGUCUGGUUCUUUGGGAAGCCUUGAGAGGUUCAGAAGAGACCAUCGAAACUGAUUUGCUUUCUGUUCUCUCAGAAGAGGGCAGCCAUAUUUGGGAUGAGUUUGCAAGACUGAGGGGGAUCUCUUGCCUCAGCAACGAAGGGCCUGGGGAGGAAAUAAAUGUGUUAGCUUUAAGUUGCUGACUGAUGCACAACUCCUGUGGUGAUCAAAACCAUGUGCCUUUUUUACUGUACUUCCUAUCUGAUCGGACUGGGAAAUCCCGCCUCUUCAGCAUGUCUGACUAACUCUCUGAACAACCCACCAUGACAAAAAAAAAAAGUAUCCUGUAAAUAAAUUACACUGCAAAAAAAAAGUCUAAUAUAUAAUACAUUUCAAGAA